GUCGAAUUACGCAGCUCCAGAAAAACAUGGACGGAGGGUUGUUGAGUUGUCACUGAUGGGAUCCCAAAAAGUUCUGUUGCGGCACAUUCCUUAGCGACCUCCAUGGAGCUCAUCCAGGCCACCCAGGUUUCUUUGGUGCCCCAGGAAAGCCUAACAUGGAGCAACACCUCUGCAGCACCCUAUUCCCAUUCCCUGCUCUGCUCCGCUCCCUCUGAACCGCUCCUCGGCCUCAACACGGGUCUCCUCUUCAACAGCACCUGCCAAAACGGCACCAAAAGUAAACCCGAAUCCCUCGCUGGUUUGGCCGGAAUCUUCAUCCCUCUCAUUUAUGGGAUAGUGUGCGUCGUGGGCUUGGUGGGAAACACCCUGGUCAUCCACGUGAUCGUGAACUACACCAAGAAUGAGUCAGUCACGAACAUCUACAUACUCAAUCUAGCCAUUGCGGAUGAGCUCUUCAUGCUGGGCCUGCCCUUCCUGGCGGUGCAGAACGCUCUGCUGUCGUGGCCCUUCGGCUCUCUAAUGUGCCGCGUGGUCAUGACAGUAGACGCCAUAAACCAGUUCACCAGCAUCUUCUGUCUGACUGUGAUGUCAGUGGACCGCUACCUGGCUGUGGUGCACCCCAUCCGCUCCUCCUGGUGGCGGCGUCCUCGGGUGGCCAAGGCUAUCAGUGCCACGGUCUGGGCGGGGUCCUUUGUGGUGGUGUUGCCGGUGGUGGUGUUUGCCGACGUGCUGAAGGACGAUGGGAACUGCAGCAUCGUGUGGCCCGAACCGGAAGAAGUGUGGAAGACUUCCUUCAUUGUGUACACAUGCACCGUUGGCUUCUUUUGUCCCUUGCUGGUCAUCUGCUUGUGCUACCUGCUGAUCGUGAUCAAGGUGCGAAGUGUUGGAAAACGGGCCCAGGCCACAUCCUCUAGACGCAGGAAGUCAGAGCGUAAAGUCACCAGGAUGGUGGUUGUUGUCGUGGCGGUCUUUGUCUUCUGCUGGCUGCCCUUCUACGUCCUCAACAUCCUCAACCUACUCGUGGUCCUGCCUGGAGACUUCAGGGGGCUCUACUUUUUCGUGGUCGCGCUUUCGUACGCCAACAGCUGCGCCAACCCCAUACUGUACGGAUUUCUGUCCGACAACUUCAAGAGGGGCUUCCGGAAGGCCCUGUGCCGCACCUCCCGCAGGGUGAACAACAACGACAGGGCCGGCACGGAGUUGCAGCGGCCCACGGAAGAGUGGGGCGGCAUCGUGCUCCAGCCACAGGGGAAUGAUCGAGUGGCUAAGGCGCACAGAAAAGAAAAUGGCCACCAAAGUGAAGAAGAGGAGGGAAUCAAUGGAACGGACGGGGGCGUGCAGAUGAAAGAAAUGUGCAAAAUGUCACAAAAUGGAAACCAAAACGGAGUAAAAGAGGGCUCAAGGACUGUGCAGAGGGGAAAGUCUGAGCUUGGCUCGGGGUUCGACCCUGCUGAGGGAGUGUCCUCCGUGGCCUGCAGAAGUAGACCAAGCAGGACACAAACUGAAGAAAUCCAGGAUAAAAACUCUGUGCUGGACAUCAGCUAUCUGUAACAUAUGUUGGCAUGUUCUGAGUGUAUUUUCGUACCCGUGAUUUAUGUGUGUGUCGUGAGUAUUUUAAUGUGGAUUGUGCCAAAAUCAAUGCAAAGUGUGUGGUGUGAGUGUACUUCAACUUUAACAAAAGCAGGAACACAUGUACCGAGCUGGAUUGGAAACCAAAGGAAACCUGAAGGACGAAGAGACCUUAUACCUAAGUGUGCUUUCAACCCCAUACCUACUUCUGACUUGGAGUAAUUCAUACAUGUGUUCAAGGUUACAUUAAACCUCGGUUCAAAUCCUGUUCUUAUGCUAAUUGAGACAAAGAAAUCGACUCUGUUGAAAAGGGAGUUUGACAUCGGUCAGAAUUUUGCAGAAAAUGUGAUUUCAGGAAAGUUAUGUAACCAAAAAUGAGUUGUCGUUAUGUUCUGUGGUUCGUGUACCAGUAGCUGGGUUCACAUGGGUCUAUUUUCUCAUUCUGAUCGAAGGUUUCAGGUCGGCUGUUUACAUGUGAGGUGGUCUAUUCUGAUCUGAUGUUUACAUGAACCACUACUUUUAAUGAGAGCGGCCGUUUUACAGACGUGUGACAUGCGCAGAUCGAUGAAAACAUCCCGUGACUGAUCAAAGAUGGAGGCCUCUCAUCCAAUCAGCAGUAGUUGCUAUAGUUCUUACACUUUUAUUAUUGAUUUGGAAAGUUCGUGGGCUCGUAUCCGCUUUAGUUAUUGUGUUGUUUAGCCUCAUGGCAGCUGGUCUUCAAGUUUUUCCAGCGGUUCCGUAAUUGUCCCAAGCUCCAAUCUGUCCCGGUUUCAAUUCAAUUUUGACGGAACUUUUUAAACAGUUCAGUAUUUUUAUUUUUUCUGCCGUCUAAGGGUGCAACAACGUUUAGUUCAGUCAGAGUUGUUAUAGAAACAAUCUCUCUGCGGCACAACUGGAAUGAAGUCAGGCUGAUUUCAUUCAGAUUCACCGUUUACAUGUCUGGUUUGGGAAAAGGAGUAUUCUACCCCCGUGAAACUGAAUGAAACUGAGGCGUUUAUAUGGAGCCUUUCAUUUAGUUUUGGCUCCUAAACCAACUGUGAUCAGAAUACACGGCUCCAUGCAAACAAAGCUGACGUUCUGUAUGUGAAAAACCUUUUUAGUUUGUUUGAGCAUCUACGCUACAUGUAGAAAACGUAUAUAUAGCAGCUCUUAAAAGCUUUGCACGGUUCAGAAUUUCCUACAUUUCUGCCUAAAGAUCACCCACAACAUCAGCGUCCUGGGUUCUCCAUGUUUAUGAGGAAAUGUAGAACAAUCUGAAUGGUGUGAAUGAUUUUAAGCACCACUCUACGCUCCGAACAGCCAACACAAGCCAGCGAAGACCACCUCCUCUUACUGUAAGUCAGCUCAACUGAUUUGCUCCAGGAGUGUGAUUGUUGCGUUCACACCGACCUGGUGGGGGAAAAAAUGCUCCCAGGUCAGAACAUGGUGUGAAAGCACUCUGGAGCACUAGCAAAAACACCGUGUUCUGGGAAAACGUCUGCAGGUACGACAAAGUACAGCGUGUAUGCAGAUAUUUUUCCAUCCAUGGCCUCUUGAAACUCACAAAGAAAACAGCUUUACACAAAAGGAGGUCAUCAGAGGGUGAGGACUGGAAUCAUUUUAACAGAAAUUGCUGGCAUUUAAGCGAAGCCUGACACUUUCUGAAUUGGGGAAUGUCUUGUACUAAAAUGCCUAAUGCACCGUAUGAUUCAUAUCCCAGUGGGAAGUAACGCAGAUGAUGACCCACUGUGAAAUGGAGGGAAAAAAAAAAAAUUCAAUUUUUAUCGCUCUGGCUUUCAAGCACAGCCCACAAAGGUAAUUUCAAAAACACGCCUCUCCAUUUCAGCUUUUGUGCAGCAGCAUGGCCGGGACCGCAUACAGAACACCAAGGGGCCGUCAUUCAGAUUUUUUUCAAAGCGACAAAGGCAUUUUUUGCUUUUAAGGUCAGCUGACAGCUCGCUUUAGCUCAUUAACUGUUAGAAAUGUACAAUUACACAGCUCCUAUGUAGAAGUAGAUAUACUGAAGUUUUUAGACUGGGUUUAGCUGGAUUUAGAGAACUGUGUUAAUUCAUAAUAAUGAUCAUUUUUUUGUCCCCUUAUGUCAAAAUCUGAUAUUUUGCAAAAUGUGUUAUAUUUUUAAUGCGGUAUUCAGAUAAGAGGUGGAAUUAACUUCAUAUUAUCUGAAAUUAUUACAAUAUUAGGAAGGUGGUCAUAAUGUUAUGCCUGAGCGGUGUUUUUUCUUUUUUAAGAAAAUUUUCACACUCAAACGUAUGGAUUAGGAAUUUUAGGGUCAUUUCAUUUCAUGAUCCUCUCCUUCCCCAAUGCGGUUUGUUGAUACGUGAUGUAAAGAAACAGUUAGGUGGUUGAAAUAGUGGGUGUUUCGUAGA